AUGCUUGACCCCAAGGUCGAAGAUCUGGAGGCGCUGGCCCAAACGUGCCUGGAGACUGCCAAACAGAUCAAAGGAUACCUCGCGGCCCAGAAGCUCCCUCAGCCAACAUUCGACCAGAACGGACCAGAGUUCUUCCCGCCCGUCACCCCGGAGAUCGAUGGCGCCAGACUCGACCUGCGCGCUGCAGCAAAGAGACUGUACGAUCUGGUCGCUGGGCCGGACGAGGUUCUGACCUGGCACUCGUAUCACUGUGCUCACGACCUCAAUGCAUUCCGCUACGUCCACAAGUACAACAUCCCCGCCAACGUCCCGCUCAACUCGACCAUAACAUACGCGGAGCUCGCGUCCAAACUCUCGCUGGAUCCGUCGCAGCUCAAACAGAUGCUUCGCCAACUGAUGGCCAUCCACGUCUUCCACGAGCCAUCGCCGGGCCAGAUCGCACACACGGCGUCGUCGCGACUCCUGACGCACUGGGGCGUCGGGUCCUUCAACCACUUCAUCGCCGAGGACACGUUCCCGAUGGCAGCCCGUGUCGUCGAGACGCUCGACCACUUCGGCCACGGCCGCCAGGAACCCAACAGGGCGGCUCUCAACUACACGUUCGCCACGGACAAGGUGCAGUACGAGUGGUACGAGAGCAACCCGGCGGUGCGCGAGCGCUUCAGCAAGAUCAUGACCUUCAUGUCCAAGGCCCCCGUCAUGGCCAACGAGCACGUCGCGCGCGGCUUCGACUGGGCCAGCCUUCCUUCCGGAUCCGUCGUGGUCGACGUCGCAGGCAACAUGGGCCACUGCUCGAUCCCCAUCGCCGAGACGAACCCGGGCAUCCGGGUCGUCGUGCAGGACCUGCCCCAGAUCAUCGCCAAGGCAAGGGACCCCGCGACGAGCGUCGUGCCGGAGCCUCUCCGCGCGCGCUUCGAGUUCAUGGAGCACAGCUUCUUCGACGCUCAGCCCGUUGCCGCCGCCGCCGUCUACUUUCUGCGCAUGAUCAUGCACGACUACAGCGAUGAGUGGGCCGUCCGGAUCCUCCGCCCGCUCGUGCGCGCCAUGGGCCCGGACUCGCGCAUUGUCAUCAUGGACCAGCUCAUGCCGUCGGCCGUCGGCGUGCUGCCGUACGACGUCGAGAGGAUGAUGCGCACCACCGACCUGCAGAUGAUGGCGCUGACGAACGCAAAGGAGCGCGACGAAGGAGAGUGGAAGCAUCUCAUCGCGAGGGCCGGCGAGGGUCUCGUCGACACCGUCUUCGCACAGACCGAGGAUAAAGGGAAGGGCAAGACGCUGGCCAUCAGGAACAUCCAGACGCCGCCCGGAAGUACGUUGAGUGUGAUUGAGGUUGGCUUCGUCGAUCAGGAAACAAAGCCAGGGACGGAUGGUGCCGCCUAA